AUGGGAAAGAUCAGUUCUACGUCAGCAUCUGUUGAGAAAUUGAAACAAGAAUUACGCACAAAAGAUGAAGAAAAUCGUCCAACAAAAGUUUCUUUAGAGCAAGCUAAUCGUCAUUUACAAAUAACUGAAGGCAAAUUAAAAGAUUGUCAAGUAAAACUUGACCAACCGAUUGAAGUGAAUGAAUCUAUCACGGCUAAAAUACACUUAAUACCAACUGAAGUGAAGGUACAAUUUUAG